ACUCUGAACUAUUGCGCUUGUUGCUGCGCAUUGUUGGGAAUUCUCGUGUUUAAUUAUUUCAAAGUGCAUAAUGACGUUAUUCGCGUUUCUAAAAAGCCGGCCAAUAUUUUGGUUAAGUGUUGCAGGCACCACAGUGGGCGGAGGAUGUUUCUUAAAAGACCUUAUGCAAGGUGGCCAGUUCACCAAGAAUACGGAUGAAACGUGCAAAGUUGUGAUUGUGACCGGUUCUAAUACCGGAAUUGGCAAGGAAACUGUGCGGGAACUGGCCCGACGAGGAGCCACUGUUUAUAUGGCCUGUCGGGAUAUGAAAAAGUGUGAGGAGGCACGAGAGGAGAUUGUCCUGGAGACUAAAAACAAAUACGUCUAUUGCCGUGAAUGCGAUUUGGCUUCCAUGGAUUCCAUACGAAACUUUGUAUCCACCUUCAAUCGGGAACAGAAGAAACUGGACAUACUCAUCAAUAAUGCUGGUGUCAUGCGUUGUCCACGAUCUCUAACCAAAGAUGGCUUCGAAAUGCAAUUGGGCGUCAAUCACUUGGGUCACUUUCUACUCACCAAUUUAUUGCUAGACGUGCUAAAGAAAACGAGACCCAGUAGAAUCGUCGUUGUGUCCAGUUUAGCACACACGCGAGGGGAAAUCAACACAGGAGACUUGAACAGCGAACUUGCCUAUGACGAGGGCAAGGCUUACAGUCAGAGCAAACUGGCCAAUAUAUUAUUCACACGCGAAUUGGCCAAACGCUUGGAGGGAAGUCGAGUGACUGUUAAUGCCUUACAUCCUGGAAUUGUUGACACGGAGCUCUUUAGACACAUGGGAUUUUUCACAAAUUUUUUUGCCGGUGUAUUUGUUAGGCCUUUGUUUUGGCCAUUUGUGAAGACACCCAAAAGUGGAGCACAAACUAGUUUGUAUGUUGCCCUCGAUCCGGAAUUGGAAACCGUAACAGGACAAUACUUUAGCGAUUGCCAAAUAGCGGAUGUAGCACCCGCUGCCAGAGAUGCGCACAUUGGCAAAUGGCUUUGGGCUGUGAGCGAGAAAUGGACUCAAUCAGAGAUACUGCAGUUGAAAUAGAUAUUAAUAUUUCUAUAGACACUGCAAGUAGUAGAUGUAACAACUCAUUAAUUAAAGUAAUACGAGAAAAAACACCUAUUACUUAAGUGCUUUUAUUUUGUAUUUACGCUCUUUUUUAAAAAAGCUGGCUACAUUUAUUUUUUAGUCCGUUAUUUGUACAUACCAAAUAAAUAUCGAUAACUUUUCAA